UCCCCUGGAAAAAGUUUACAUACCGACCGUUGUGAGCUGCCACGUGGGUGCUGGGAAUUGAACCCAGGUCCUCUGGAAGAGCAGCCAGUGCUCUUAAUCCAUUGAGCCAUUUCCAUUCCUGCUUUACUUUUAUUAUUUAUUUAUUUUUUGGAGAUAGGGUCUCAGUGUAUAGCCUUGACUAACCUGAAACUUUCUAUGUAGACCAGGAUGACUUUGAACUCAUAGAGCACUUCCUUCUACUGCCUCCCGAGUGCUGGGAUAAAAGGGGCUCACCACCAUGCCUGGCUUUUUUCUUCACUUUUAAUGUAUGUCAUGUCACCAUACUUUGUUUUAAUUCUAUUUUGAUUUUUUUCUUUAGUUUCAAUUAUAAAUGAAAGAAAAAAGAAAUUCUUUCUGGAACAAUACCUGGGCAUAAAUCUAUGCAUUUAUGGAAAACAAGUAAAUGCAGACAGUAAAUUUAAAAAGAAAUUGUGAGAGAUUAAAUGAGAGGAGACAGAUAGGGAAAGGAAGAUGCAGAGAGCUGAGGCUACACGAGGAAAAUAAACACAGCCAUGGAGAGGUGAAGGUAAGACAAAGAACUGAGCGAAUGCAAAGGAGCCUUUAGUGAGCUCCUACCUCCUAUCACGCCUAUAGAACUUUGUGUUCAUUUUGAGGUUGCAGUCGCUGGUAAUAGCUUUAUUUGGGCACAAGGCUAAUUCAUAGCAGUUUGAACUGAGCUGUCCAUCAUCAUGUCCUCUGGACUGAACUCAUUUUUCUGGGAACAUCGUGCUCCACGGCAUGCAUCCAGUAAUUGUUUAUCCAUCUAAUAGUGUAUAAAGUCUGUUGUUUCCCCAAGGACAUAAACCAGACCUUUAUUUCAGCCCACUGAGUCAAUUUUCCUUGUCUGUCUGGUAAUUCAACAGCAAGGUCUAUUGCCUUAGCAACUGCCCUUCCACUACCAUGGCAACCGCCAGUGCAGACUUCAGUUCUCCACUUUGCCCCUUGGACAUCUCCAUGGCGAUGUGCAGGAUGAAGAGAAGGCCAGAGCCCCAGUUCUGCGCCUGCGUAGAGUGACAGGAGGGGGUGAACAGGAGGGGGCCAGGCUCCUGGAUGUGCGCAGCCUCAGAGAGCCACGGCUGUGCCCACUAGUCCCAGCUCUGCGCACUUGACAGCCAGUUCGCCCGUCCGGAGCCCGGCUCGUUGGGGCAGCAUGGCAGGGUCGCCGCUGCUCUGGGGGCCGAGGGCCGGGGGCGUCGGCCUUUUGAUGCUGCUGCUCAUGGGUCUUCUGCGGCUUCCCCCAGCCCUGUCAACGAGGCCCGUAAAGGAGUCCCGCAGUCUGAGCGCAGCAUCAGCGCCCUUGGCAGAGACAGGCACUCCCCGCCGCUUGCGUCGGGCCCUGCCGCGCGGAGAGGCGGCGGGUGCGGUGCACGAGCUGGCGCGGGCGCUGGCGCACCUGCUGGAGGCCGAGAGACAGGAACGCGCUCGUGCCGAGGCACAGGAGGCGGAGGAUCAGCAGGCGCGUGUCCUGGCGCAGCUGCUGCGUGUCUGGGGCUCCCCGCGUGCCUCGGACCCACCCUUAGCCCCGGACGACGACCCGGACGCUCCUGCUGCACAGCUGGCACGUGCUCUGCUCCGCGCUCGCCUAGACCCCGCCGCCCUCGCGGCCCAGCUUGUCCCUGCGCCCGCCGCUGCGCUGCGCCCCCGGCCUCCAGUGUAUGAUGAUGGCCCCACCGGCUCGGAUGUCGAGGACACCGGCGGCGAGACUCCUGAUGUGGACCCAGAGCUGCUGAGGUACUUGCUGGGGCGGAUCCUCACCGGAAGUUCGGAACCAGAGGCUGCUGCUGCUCCGCGCCGCCUCCGCCGAUCUGUGGACCAGGACCCGGGUCCUGAGGUGCCUCCCGAGAGUGUGCUGGGGGCGCUGCUACGCGUGAAACGCCUGGAUAACUCCUCACCCCAGGCGCCGGCACGCCGCCUCCUGCCUCCCUGAGCGCUGCAGCAUCCCGCAAGCCCUGGAACCCAGGAGCGCUCCAGCAACCCUGACUUCCUGCCAGCACGUCCACAGCCGCCUGCUGGGCAACCCUGAGAUCCCCAUCCCUUGAAUCCUCA